AGGCGGCGCCGCCGCGGCAGUCGCUGCUGCUGCCGCCGCUGCCGGGACACAAUGGGCGGCAGCGGUGGGGUGCCGGCGGCGGGCCGCUGAGGAGUCCCGCCGCCAUCCCUGUGGCCAUGGCCACCACGGCCGAGCUCUUCGAGGAGCCCUUUGUGGCAGAUGAAUACAUUGAACGCCUGGCAUGGAGAACACCUGGAGGAGGUUCCAGAGGUGGAGAAGCUUUUGAUCCAAAAAGAUUAUUGGAAGAAUUUGUAAAUCACAUCCAAGAAUUACAGGUAAUGGAUGAAAGGAUUCAGAGAAAAGUGGAGAAACUGGAACAGCAAUGCCAGAAGGAAGCAAAGGAAUUUGCCAAGAAAGUACAAGAGCUGCAGAAAAGCAACCAGGUUGCCUUCCAACACUUCCAAGAACUAGAUGAGCACAUCAGCUAUGUAGCAACUAAGGUCUGUCACCUUGGCGACCAACUGGAGGGGGUAAACACGCCACGGCAACGGGCUGUGGAGGCUCAGAAGCUGAUGAAAUACUUUAAUGAGUUUCUGGAUGGAGAGCUGAAGUCUGAUGUUUUUACAAACUCUGAAAAGAUUAAAGAGGCAGCUGACAUUAUUCAGAAGCUGCAUUUGAUUGCACAAGAGCUGCCUUUUGACAGGUUUUCUGAAGUAAAAUCAAAGAUAGCAAGUAAGUACCAUGAUUUAGAGUGCCAGCUAAUACAAGAAUUUACCAGUGCACAACGAAGAGGAGAAAUAUCCAGAAUGAGAGAAGUAGCAGCAGUUUUGCUUCACUUUAAGGGCUACUCCCAUUGUGUUGAUGUGUACAUUAAACAGUGUCAAGAGGGUGCAUUCCUGAGGAAUGAUGUCUUUGAAGAUGCAGCCAUUCUCUGCCAGCGAGUGAAUAAACAAGUUGGAGAAGUCUUUAGCAACCCAGAGACUGUGCUAGCCAAACUCAUUCAAAAUAUCUUUGAAGUUAAACUUCAGAGUUAUGUGAAAGAGCAGCUUGAAGAACACAGGAAAUCAGAUGCAGAGCAGUACCUUAAGAAUCUCUAUGAUCUAUAUACAAGAACUACUAAUCUGUCAAGCAAAUUGAUGGAAUUUAACUUGGGUACUGAUAAGCAGACUUUCUUGUCUAAGCUUAUCAAAUCCAUUUUCAUUCCCUACUUGGAGAAUUACAUUGAGGUGGAAAUUGGUUAUUUGAAAAGUAGGAGUGCUAUGAUUCUGCAACGCUAUUAUGAUUCCAAAAACCACCAGAAGAGGUCCAUUGGCACUGGAGGGAGCCAGAUCCACAAAAGGACUGAAGCAAAAUUAAGUAUUCAAGACCUCAAAGAGAGAAUAAGGCAACGCACAAACUUGCCCCUGGGGCCAAGUAUUGACACACAUGGAGAAACUUUUCUGUCUCAGGAAGUGGUGGUUAACCUUUUGCAAGAGACUAAACAAGCUUUUGAAAGAUGUCACAGGCUCUCUGAUCCAUCUGACUUACCCAAGAAUGCUUUCAGAAUUUUCUCUAUGCUGGUCGAGUUCUUAUGUACUGAACACAUCGAUUAUGCAUUAGAAACAGGCCUUGCUGGCAUUCCCUCUUCUGAUUCAAAGAACGCAAAUCUUUAUUUCUUGGAUGUUGUCCACCAGGCCAAUACCAUUUUCCAUUUGUUUGACAAGCAGUUCAAUGAUCAUCUGAUGCCAUUAAUCAGUUCUUCUCCUAAAUUAUCUGAAUGCCUUCAGAAGAAAAAGGAUAUCAUAGAACAAAUGGAAGUGAAGCUGGAUAUGGGCAUUGAUAGGACACUGAACUGCAUGAUUGGACAGAUGAAGCACAUCUUGGCUGCAGAACAGAAGAAGACAGAUUUUAAACCAGAAGAUGAAAACAAUGUUUUGAUUCAAUAUACUAAUGCUUGUGUUAAAGUCUGUGCCUACGUUAGAAAGCAAGUGGAAAAGAUUAGAAAUUCUAUGGAUGGUAAAAACGUGGACACAGUUUUGAUGGAGUUUGGAGUUCGUUUCCAUCGACUGAUCUAUGAACACCUACAGCAGUACUCCUACAGCUGCAUGGGAGGCAUGUUGGCUAUCUGUGAUGUGGCUGAAUACAGGAAGUGUGCCAAAGACUUUAAGAUUGCCCUGGUGUUACAACUCUUUGAUACCUUGCAUGCCCUUUGCAAUCUCCUGGUGGUAGCCCCGGAUAAUUUAAAGCAGGUUUGCUCAGGAGAGCAGCUUGCUAAUCUGGACAAGAACAUCCUUCACUCCUUUGUUCAGCUGCGGGUUGAUUAUAGGUCUGCUCGUCUCGCUCGUCACUUCAGCUGAGGGCAGGCAAAGCAAUGCUGGUACCUCUGGGCCAGGCCUCAGUUGUUAGAAAGCACAGGGGAAUGAUUUACCAAACCAUGGGUUAUUACUUUUGUGGAGUUAAUGACUCUUCAGGAUAAAGCAGCAGCUGCUAUAUUGAAACAUGAUUCUAUGGCAGGUGAGCAGGUAAAAAUCUGAAUGAUCUUUCAUGUCAGCUAAAGCUCUCCCACUGGAAGAAUCUGCUUCCUACUGUUGGUUUGUUUUUCUACUGGAAACAUUUUGGUGGAGGGAAGCAAGUGGUGCACUGGAAGUAUUUUAGCCUUCACUAUUGAAUUAUCAGAUACCAUUUGUUAGACUUGAACUACAGAGCAUAGCGUAGGUAAUGGAUUACAUAGAAUAGACCAGUGUAAAAACAUCCUUCAUCAGUUUUAAUGACUUAGACUUCAGCACAGCUAAUCAUAAUCAAAUUAUCUUUGAUUGGUGUUUCUAAGUCAUUUCUUUCAUUUAAAACCUUAUCCUGCUCAAUGUAAUUUCUUGCUCUAAUUAAUUAGCUUGGAAUUUCUUUGAGAUGUAGAAGUAAAAGCAACCCCAUCCCAAAAGUAAUUUAUUCAUUGUGUAGCAUACUAAAGAGAACUAAAUUAGUGAAAAGGUGGUUUAUUUUGGGGGGGGGAGGGGGUGCUUUUUUUGAGUUCUUUGAUUUUUGGGGAGUAUCUUUUGUACCUAAACAGUCAGGAGCCCACCAGAACCUAUUGGCAUUGUCUGAUCUGACAUUCUGGUCUGUUUGAUGCCGGCACACUGAAUUUUGUAUGUGCUUCUAAAGUAAAUCCAGCUGUCUUGCCUAAGGCAUUCUUACUCCAACGUGAAGGUGCCUAUUGUUGGGUUAAUACAAGAGAAUUUUCUCCUGUCUCUUGUUUUGUAUCUAAAUAAAUUCAAAUUCUGAUGAAGGGAAAGGAUAAAAUGCAGCCCAGGUUUUUCACCUGGGAGGAAUGGGCAGCAAAUCUAGACAGAACCUGGAGCUGAAAAUUCCUGUGUUGAUGAUUGAGCCUCAGUGCCUGAGCAGUAUAAAAUACUGAAAGCUUCACUUUCACUGCUGUUAGUAUUGGAGAAAGGCUCUUUCUGUCUCCAUUCUGCUCCAGCAUUUGUUCAGGCUGAGGUAGAUCCACGGUGUGCAUAUAGUCAGUUGAAGCAACAGCCACGUUUGAAACAUCUGGGGUAGCUUUUCCACAAGCAGCUGAAAACUGUUGUAAAUAGACCUUUCUGCACAGUGAGCCCUUGUGGAAAACAGGGUGGAAGUGCAGUGGUUUGAGUCUUCAAUCUGGUUUACAUAAUCCUUAAACAAAACAUCUGUGACUCUCUUUCUACUGUAGGCUCAGCCUAUGUUAUGGAAACCUUUCUCCUAUUUCAGGGCAGCAUUUCUAUAGAUCUCCUUUAUGGGUGGGUCAGAUCCAAUUAAUUCUGUUCCUCUUUAGUUAAUUCCCAGGUGUAGUCAAUAUUGGACAGGUGUGUGUGGAACUUGUGUUGCUUAGCUGAGGUUCUUCUGCUUCAUUUUGUACAUAGCAGAGCAUUAUGUCAGAUAACAGGAGAAGGGAUGCCAGACUUGUCUCGAAGGUGGUUUUCAGGAGGUGGGCUGCUUUGUUGAGUUGCAUAGCUCUGGUUUUAGGCCAUGGCAAAGCCACAAAGAGUUUUUGGGCACUGGAGGAGUCACAUGCUUGUACUGCUGCCAUUAUUGAUCAAAAGCUCUGAUGUAAAUUCAGAUGAUACCUCUCUGUUACCUCUGUAACUGAAAGCCAACACUUUUCAGGCUGUGGUUUUAUUAACCAAUACAAAAACCUUUCUACAGAAGAAGACAAAAAAAAAACCAAUGUCAAUUUGUAAACACAGUGAACAUCAUCUUAAGAGUGCAGAUCACAGAAGUGCUUCAGAACUUGUUGUAUGAUUGUUUGAGUUCUUUUCCAGGUUGUAUGAAAUGUAUUUACUAUCAUUUCUGGCUUUACUAGCUGUAUUCCCCAUGCAUCUGCUCAGUGCAAUACUUUCAUUAUUAUGCCUGUUAACAGAAGGCAGCAAACAGUAGGUGAGUACUUCAAUAUGUAAACUCUUCCUCAAUAAAAAGAAUUCCCUCUGGACACCUUCUUCAUUUCAGUUCAUUUCCAUGUUCUUCAAAUAUCUUUAUACUCAAUUGUAUAAGCCCUUCUAUUAAAAAAUUAAUAAAAGCCAUUAAAAAAAGAGAGAAUAAAGUGAUUUUACUGACCAAAUAUA